AUGCAAGAAGACUUGAAGCGGACAGUGCAAGAUGAUUCAGAUGAUUCAAAUGAUGAUUCAGAUUAUGAUAUUGAUUUCGAGACUGGAAUUUUUGUUAACACAUCAAUCCCUGUGUUUUUGGUGGGUCUCAACAUUGGUUCACGAGAGGCUGCUCAAUUGGUUGCGUUGGAUACUGGUAGUAAUCUUCUUUGGGUUCAUUGCAAACCUGGUAUAGGCGGCAGUAAGACAUUCUAUAGAAACUAUUGGCUUGGGGAGUCUUCAACAUAUUCUGCUAAUAUGAGGUGCGAGGACCUUUGUUCUUCUACUUCAUUGACAUGGAAAAAGUCCGGAGGAGUUGAAAACUCAACUCAUCUUAUUAUUAGGGAGUUCCAUUACUACGUAAAUCUUGAAGGCAUUAGCUUUGGGGGUAGGAUGCUCGGCAUUGACAAAAAGGAUUUGAGAAUGGAUAAUUUUAAAAGUGGUAGGGGUGCAUUUAUUGAUUUAGGUUCAAGUUUGAGUUUCCUUCAAGAUAUUGCAUACGAGAAACUUGAACAGGCAAUUAUUGAUUACAUAGCGGACUCAUUGGAAAGACAAUAUUUCUCUUUGGACAAAUAUCAGCUUUGCUAUAUUGGACACUUGUUUAGGGAUUUUAGGGGCUUUCCAACAAUAGCUUUUCAUUUUGAUGGAGCAACAAUGAAAAAAGAUAAAGAGAAUUUGUUUAAGCAAGUAUACCCAAAUGUGGUAUGUUUAAGUGUGUUGAAUGCUGCAGAGAAUGGUGUCGAUCAUAGUCUUCUUGGCGUAGAACUCCAAAAAUAUUUCUAUAUAUCAUUUGACAUGAAUGAAAUGCAAGUUAACUUCGAGAGGAUGAAUUAUCAUGAUAUUGAUUUCGAGACUGGAAUUUUUGUUAACACAUCAAUCCCCGUGUUUUUGGUGCGUCUCAACAUUGGUUCACGGGAGGCUGCUCAAUUGGUUGCGUUGGAUACUGGUAGUAAUCUGUUUUGGGUUCCUUGCAAACCUGGUAUAGGCGGCAGUAGGACAUUCUAUGGAAACUAUUGUCCUGGGGAGUUUUCAACAUAUUCUGCUAAUAUGAGGUGCGAGGACCUUUGUUCUUCAACUCCAUUGACAUGUAAAACAACACCCAAUCUCUGCUCAUAUCAAUUGAAAUAUUUGGGUGAAGUCGUUGUCCGUGGGAAUCUUGCAUUUGAAAGAUUUGUUUUCGGUUUAUCAUUUGACAACCAACCAAUGCAUGAGUUAAAUAAUCUAUUAUUUGGAUGUACUAGAAAAGAUAGCUACAUAGACAAGUUCAAUGGUGUCUUGGGGCUUGGCCCUUCAGGAAUCUCAUUAGCUUCACAACUGGAUAGUAGUGAGUUCUCUUAUUGUAUUGAAAAUUUAAGCGAUCCAUUUGAUGAAAAAAAUGUACUGAUCAUAGGAAAAAAGUCCGAAAGAGUUGAAAACUCAACUCCUCUUAUUAUUAGGGAGUUUCAUUACUACGUAAAUCUUGAAGGCAUUAACUUUGGGGGUAGGAUGCUCGGCAUUGACAAGAAGGAUUUGAGAAUGGAUAAUUUUAAAAGUGGUGGGGGUGCAAUUAUUGAUUUAGGUUCAAGUUUGAGUUUCCUUCAAGAUAUUGCAUACGAGAAAGUUGAACAAGGCAAUUGUUGA